AAUACCACAUACGCAAAUAUGUGAUGUACACAAUGGAAAGGCAGGGAAGGUGGGCGGUGGUGUGACCCAGGAAGUGCUGCCAUCUAUGCCAGGUUUAUAAAUACGGAGACAUGAUUUCAUGAGUUAGUAGUGGAACCAGGACACUCACUCAACAGAAGCAAAAAUGGAGUUUUCACCAGCUGUAUUGUUCGUGAUGGCAAUGCUGUCAGUUGUCAUGGAAACAGAAGGAUGCAUGUGCGAAUUCCUGUCUCUGAGGGAGUACUUCUGUCAAGCCGACUUUGCGGUGAAGGCGAUUCCUUCCAACUGGACCACUGACAAUGAUCUAGAAGCUGCCAAGUCGACCUUCACCCUUAAUAUCCUUCACUCAUACAAGAUGCCAAGUUUCCUGGGUAAUGAGACUGAGAUCACAGUGAGCUCCUGGGAGAGUGACGGACUCUGUGGUAUAAACCCUGGUAGACAAUCAUAUGGCCAACAACAUCAACAGACACACAGGCCAAUCUUCAUCACAGGAGAAGUCAGGGAAGAUGGUACAUUAUGGACUCAGCUGUGCAGUCACAUCGCCCUGUCAUGGAGAUGGAUACCAAAACCUCAAAGACGCACGAUCCGAAAGUUUCCAAACCUGACAUGCUGAUCAGCCGAUCGGAAACAAGAAAUGUUUGCAUAGCCAAUCAAAAUCAAGGUCAAGUACCACUGUUUCAUCACAAACGAUGUGUGUGAAUGGCAUCAUAGCUUUGUAGCCAAUGUUAAGACAGAAAAACCUGGACUGGUCAAAAUGGUGAAUGUGCUACUGACUUGCUCUGCAGUGAUGACAUGGUGCCAGCAAAUCCACACUUGGUGACUUUGUGAAAAUGUUGAUGUGUUGGCUGUUUGGUUUGAUUAGUGUACAUAUGAAGUGUUUUAUAUGAUUAAUGGACUGCUUAUCAUGUAUGAUGUGAAUGAGUAAUACACGAACAAAGGACAUACUUGCUUACCAUGACUCCUGUCAUGUGUCAUGUCACAAAAGUAUAUCAUGACCGAGCAUGCUGGCUCUGAUUGGACAGAGCAACAUAUCGAUGAUUAGCCAAUCAUAAGUCAGAAUUUGCCAUGGACAUGUAAGUGCAAGGUUCUUCAAGAUAAUAGCUGCUGACUACACACAAAAGGCCAUAUUUGUUUACAUUUCUUGGUUAUAUGGCUCUAUGGAAACAAAUAUUUGGAACAAUGGAGAAAAAAAACUUCUUUUUGAUAUUUUAAUUAAAUUAGUUGAUCACUUUAUUUCUCUAAUAAAAAAUAGACAAAUAAACACAUUCUAAUGUUAUAAUGAUCAGUUGGUCUGUUACGACUAAAAGGUGGUUUUGUCAUGCAUGACAUUUUAAGCAUCAUGUUCCCAUCCAAUGGAAUGUUUUGAAAACACAUCCAAGCGUCUUUUAUAAACAAAACAGAUCAAGAUCUUCACAUCACAAGGUUUGAGAAGGUUUUAUCAAAACUAGGGCAUUUAGAAUUUUAACCUUAUCAAAAUUAUAAAAAGUAGUCUUUAGCAUCAAUAAUUAGACAUGUUUAUGUGCCCUGGGUGUUUAAUAUGUUGAAUACAAUAUCAUAUUUUGUUUUGACACACUAUGUUUGAUAAUAAUCUGAAAAAAAAAGAAUAAAGUGUGAUUUAAUGAGGAAACUAUAAUUAAUGUAAAUACAGUAAAAAUGUGUGCUUGACAUAUUGUACAAUACCGUAUAUGUCCGCAGAUAAGCUGAAUUUUGAGGACCAGAAAAAAGAUUCUGUAGAAUCGGCUUAUGCACGGGAUACACUUUCAUGAUAGUAUUUUUCAGAUCGUGAUCUGUCAGAAACAUCGCCUGAAUGACGGUCCGAUAUAUUACAACUUCCCGAAAAUUUGGAAGUUGCCACAACUAGAACCAUUAUUGUUAUAAAUUAUCAAUAAAGUUAUUAUUAUACACCAAUGUUGUCAUUAUUAAAAAAAUGUUAUGCAUGUUACUACUUCCGAUAAUAAGUUUUAAAUUGAAUGUUCAAAGUUUAUCAUUCUUCAUAAACUCCACAAUCUUUACAUGUAACAAUACAUGUAAUCCACAGCUAUAAUAUAUAAUCCACAGAUGAAAUCGCCAAUAGCUAUUACGUACGUUUUGCAAAGUUCAUAAAUUGAUAGUGAACAAGUAUCUACCUUUAUUGAAAGAGGCAAAUAAACAACUGUAACAGCGAGUUAUUCCGUUCACCAUUUGCAAAAACAUGUGAUCAGCUGUUUCCUGUGACGUCAACUGUGGUUGCUUCCCGUUGUUUAAAUGUGAAUGCAAUUUAUUGCUGAAUAAAGUUUAAUUUUUUA